CUUCCGGUCCGUUGGGGUGAGGUAGCACGGAGCGGGGAGGGCCUGGGGGGCGACGGCCGGGCCCCGCUGAGGCGCCAUGGCCCUGCCGGAGUGGCACAUCGCCGUGAAGCUGGCCGAGCAGCCGCUGGCCCCCAAAGCCAUCCUGCGCCUGCCGGAGACCGAGCUGGGCGAGUGCCCGCUGGGCGGCUGCAGCAUCUCGCACCUCAAGCAGCUGAUCACCGGCAAGCUGCAGGAAUCCAUGCCGGACCCCGAGCUCAUCGACCUGAUCUACUGUGGCCGGAAGCUGAGGGAUGACCAGACCCUGGAUUUUUAUGGAAUCCAGUCUGGCUCCACUGUCCAUGUCCUGCGCAAGUCCUGGCCUGAGCCUGACCAGAAACCAGAGCCCGUGGAUAAGGUGGCAGCAGUCCGGGAAUUCCGUGUGCUGCACACUGCCCUGCACAGCAGCCCUGCCUACAGAGAUGCUGUCUUCAAGAUGCUGGGAAACAAGGAAUCCCUGGAUCAGAUCAUUGUGGCUACUCCCGGCCUCAGCAGCGACCCCGUGGCUCUGGGAGUUCUGCAGGACAAGGAUCUGUUCUCUGUGUUUGCAGACCCCAACAUGCUGGACACGCUGAUCCCGGCUCACCCUGCCCUGGUGAACGCCAUCGUGCUGGUGCUGCACUCGGUGGCGGGCAGCACCCCCCUGCCAGCCCCGGACACGUCCUCGCGCGCCAUGGCCCUGGGCUCCUACCGCGACAUGCCAGGUGGCUUUCUCUUUGAGGGGCUCUCUGAUGAUGAAGAUGACUUCCACCAGAGCACCAGGUCCACCCCAUCCAGCAGCACGUCCGGCUCGCGCCCGGCCUCGCUGGGCUACGCGGGGGCGGCGGGGCCGCGGCCCAUCACCCAGAGCGAGCUGGCCACAGCCCUGGCCCUGGCCAGCACCCCCGAGAGCAGCUCCCACACACCCACCCCGGGCACACAGGGCCACUCCUCCGGGACGUCCCCGAUGUCAUCCAGUGUGCAGUCAGGGACCCCCAUCACCAACGACCUGUUCAGCCAGGCCCUCCAGCACGCCCUGCAGGCCUCAGGGCAGCCCAGCCUCCAGAGCCAGUGGCAGCCCCAGCUGCAGCAGCUGCGGGACAUGGGGAUCCACGACGACGAGCUGAGCCUGCGGGCCCUGCAGGCCACAGGAGGGGACAUCCAGGCUGCCCUGGAGCUCAUCUUUGCUGGGGGGGCCCCCUAAACCUUCUGCUGGACUGGACUCUGCACGGAGAAGGGAAGAGGUGGCUCGGGGCUGGAGACGUGGCCCCUCCAGCUGUGCAGUGUUUAUCUGUCACCACUCUCUGCCUGGAUGUUGUUUCAUUCCCUGCAUUAAAAGGGCCCUGCUCAGUUCCCUG